AUGGAGAGGAAAAUGAGUGUUGCGGAGAUGAUGUUUAGGUGGAUGAGUGGAGUUACGAGAGAGGACAGAAUAAUAAAUGAGUACCUAUUUAAGAGGUAUAGAAUAGGAGUGGCUUCAAUAGUUGACAAAAUGCGUGAGAAUAGGUUGAGAUGGCUAGGACUUGUUUCAAGAAGAGAAAUAACUGAGGCAGUUUCAAUGACGAAGAACAAGAGUGUGGAUAGAAAAAGAAGAAGAGGAAAACCAAAAAAGAGAUGGUUUGAAGUUAUAGAGUGCGAUAUGAGAAUGACUGCUGUUUGUAAGGAUCAUAGUAAGUGGAAAUUAAGGACCAGGGUGGCCGACCCAAAAUAG